GGCAACGCGCCGCUGCGGGCGGCCGGCGGGGAGCGUGGCUCGCUGCUGCGGCCGCCGAGCGACGGCGCCACCCGGUCGUGCGGGGCCGACAGCCGGGGCCAGCUGGGCCGGAAGGGCGCGGGGCGCGCGGGGGCCCCUGAACGAAUUCCGGCAUUGGAAACUCUACAUGUGGGUCCGGUGAGCUGUGGAAAGCAGCACUCCCUAGCCGGCUGUCACAAAGGAAGGGUGAUCGGGGGGGGAUCUGGUUCUGAAGGACAGCUGGGAACUGGAGAAUUUAAGGAAAUAAAUUUUGCGCCUAAGAAGAUAGAAACUCUGACUCGUAUAAAAAUUAUACAAGUUUCCUGUGGAUGUUACCACUCCCUGGCAUUAUCAGAAGAUGGCCAAGUGUUUUCAUGGGGAAAGAACAGCCAUGGGCAGCUGGGCCUGGGGAAGAAGUUCCCCUCUCCAGCCAGCCCACAGAGGGUGAGGUCCCUGGAGGGGAUCCCGCUGGCACAGGUGACUGCAGGAGGGGCCCACAGCUUCGCCCUGUCUCUCUCUGGGACUUCAUUUGGCUGGGGAAGCAACAAUGCAGGGAAGCUGGCCCUCGGAGGGAAUAAAGUCCUAGUUCAGAGCUACAAGCCUCAAUCAGUUGGUGUACUGAAGACUCUAGGUGUGAUUUAUGUCAGCUGUGGUUAUGAGCACACUGCAGUGCUUACCAAGGAUGGGAAAGUAUUCACAUUUGGAGACAAUAGCUGUGGACAGCUGGGACACAGCCCCACUGCUGAGAAGAGGGGUCCGCAACUGGAAAGAAUUGAGGGCCUAGUUUCGCAGAUUGUGGAAGGUAGUUCUCACACCCUUGUGUAUGUCUGUACCACUAGUCAGGUGGUGUCUUUUGGUUGUGGACCAAGUUGCACAAGCAGCUCACCUCAUCCGGGGGCUCUGGCAGAGAACUUUGACAUUAGCUGCCUGAUUUCUGUUGAUGACCUUGCGGAUGUUCAAGUCAACCAUAUUUUUGCUGGAACGUAUGCCAACUUUGUGACAACUUACCAGGAUACUAGUUCCACCAGUGUUUCCAGGAAAACCCUGCCAGAAAUAAGCCGAAUUAACCAGUCGCUGACAGAAAAAUGGAUGGCGGUGGCAAGAGGAAUUGCAGAGCAUGAAGUGGCUGAGAGGGAAAUUGGAGUGAUAUUUUCAUCUCCUGCUUGUCUGACUGCAAGUUUUUGAAGAAAAGAAUCUGGAGAAACUCUUUCCAUUGAUGUGGACUUAGAAAUGGAGCAGUUAACAAAAAAAGAAUGGAUUUCUUCUAUGAUGACAACACGUCUCAGGGAUCCUCCGCUCAGAGCUCUUCCGUAUCGUUCUCCACGCCAAGAAGCUUUGUCAGUCUUGCUUCUGCCCCCAGAGUGUCCUGUCACGCACGAUCCUAAGAACUGGUUGGCUCUGGUGGUUCCGUCUGCAGAGGCCGUUCAUCACAUGACUGGCCAAGCUUCACAAGCCCUGAGGCAGUGUUGGGCAUCUUUGCAAGAAUCCUCUCUCAACACACUGGUCCAGAUGCUUAAAACUGCCAUCGUCUCUCAACUGUUUUGUUGGACUGAAACCAUUCAGUCCCACAGUGUUAAAGCUCUUCUAGAAGUGAUGAAAGAAGUGUAUAAGGUAAACAAAGCUAAUUGUCAACUACCAGAUACUUUCAACAUAAAUGAACUAUCCACUUUGUUGAACUUCUAUGAAGAGAGAAGAAGAGUGAUCUGUAGGGAUAAAAACCUGAUAGCUGCAGAAAACCUCAGUCCCAUUAUUUUCAGUGAUUUUCCAUUUGUCUUUAAUUUGCUCUCCAAAAUUAAAUUAUUGCAAGCUAAUUCCCAUAUAAAAAUGCUGAUAUCUGUACAUCCAUGGAAUCUGAAGGGAAAAGAGUGCAUGGAUUUUGGGCAAAUAAUUCUGCAAGGAAAGGGUGAAUCCCCUCCAUUUACACUUAAGGUCAGACAGAGUCACCUAGUUGAAGAUGCUCUGCGUCAGUUAAGCCAAGCUGAAGUCACUGACUUCCGGAAAAUACUAGUGGUUGAAUUUAUUAAAGAAAUUCGUUCUGUGGGAGAAGGGGUGAAGUCCGAGUUCUUCCACUGUAUAUUUGAAGAUACGACCAAGAAAGAAUAUGGGAUGUUCAUAUAUCCUGAAGAGGGUUCCUACGUGCGGUUUCCUGUCAACCCUAAAUUUGAGAAGAAGAGAUAUUUCCUCUUUGGGAUGCUGUGUGGACACUCCCUGUACAAUUUUAAUGUCGUCGACCUCCCUUUCCCGCUGGCUCUGUUUAAGAAACUUCUGGACCAAGAGCCAUCAUUAGAUUUAAAAGAACUCAGCCCUCUUUUGGGGAAGAAUUUGCAGGGAGUUCUAAAUGAUGAAGCUGGUGACAUUAAAGAAGUACUUGGCAUACGUUUUUCUGUGAGUACUAAUGAAAGCCAGAUUUCACUGGUAAAGUAUAUUAUUGGCCUUUUUUUUUUGCUUCCCUCAAGGAAAGACUAUGUUUCUAAGUGUGUUGAUUACAUUUUCAACACCUCUGUCAUGGCAGUUUAUAAGGAAUUUCAGAGAGGAUUUCAUAAAGUCUUUGACAAAGAGAUACUUAAACAUUUCCAGCCUGAAGAACUAAUAACAGCAAUAGUUGGAAAUACUGAUUAUGACUGGAAACAAUUUGAAAAGAAUUCAAGGUAUGGUCCAGGAUACUGUAAAUCACAUCCUACGAUACUGAUGUUUUGGAAUGCUUUCCAUAAAUUAACUUUGGGUGAAAAGAGAAAAUUCCUCUUUUUUCUUACAGGAAAUGAAAGGCUGCAUGUAAAAGGCGUACGGAAAGUGGGAAUCCUAUUUCGCUGUCCUGAAACUUUCAGUGAAAGAGAUUUCUCAAGAUCACUGACAUGUCAUAAUAUUCUGGACCUCCCUAAAUAUUCUACAAUGGAAAGGAUGGAGGAAGCACUUCAAGUAGCCAUCAACAGCAACAAAGGAUUUAUCUCACCCACGGUCACAGAGUGAUAGUGGCCUUUGAGAGGCUCAGAUCUCAGGUUCUCUCACCCUUCGAUCCCUCUGUUCUUAGUACAAAGUGUUGGCGGGUUUUAGUUAGAAUUAGUUGACAAAUGCUGGGAUAAACAAUAGCAUGAUGAGUCAAGGGUAACAUUUUUAAUGAAUCAACAUUUCCUGAUCCUUAAACUUGCUAUGAGAAUGCUUGCUUUUUACUGAAUUAUUUCCUGAACAAUAAUUAUCAUUUAAAAAUAUACUAAAUGUUAAAAGCUAACAGA